UUCCAGGAAAGAAAUGUGGAACUAUUAUCCUGACUGCAGAGGAGCUGAGCAACUGUCGAGAUAGUGCCACCAUGCAGUUUUGUGCCAACAAGCUGGACAAAAAGGACUUCUUUGGCAAGUCGGACCCUUUCAUGGUUUUCUACAGAAGCAACGAGGAUGGAACGUUUACUAUAUGCCACAAAACAGAGGUGGUGAAGAACACAUUAAAUCCAGUGUGGCAGCCUUUUACCAUCCCAGUACGAGCACUCUGCAAUGGAGAUUAUGACAGAACAAUCAAAGUGGAGGUGUAUGACUGGGAUAGGGAUGGCAGCCACGAUUUCAUUGGGGAUUUUACCACCAGCUACCGAGAGCUAGCUCGAGGGCAGAGCCAGUUCAAUGUGUAUGAGGUGAUUAAUACCAAAAAGAAAAUGAAGAAAAAGAAAUAUGUCAACUCUGGAACAGUAACCCUGCUUUCCUUCUCAGUGGAGUCGGAGUUCACCUUCUUAGAUUACAUUAAAGGAGGGACUCAGAUCAAUUUCACUGUGGCCAUUGAUUUCACAGCAUCUAAUGGUAACCCCUCCCAGUCCACUUCACUGCACUACAUGAAUCCCUACCAGCUAAAUGCUUACGCCAUGGCCUUGAAGGCUGUUGGGGAGAUCAUUCAAGACUACGACAGUGACAAGAUGUUCCCGGCUUUAGGCUUUGGUGCCAAACUGCCGCCCGAUUGGCGGGUGUCACAUGAGUUCCCACUGAAUGGAAACAUUGAAAAUCCAUACUGCAAUGGUAUUGAAGGCAUCUUAGAGGCAUACCAUCAGAGUCUAAAGACAGUGCAGCUGUAUGGGCCGACAAACUUUGCUCCUGUGGUGAACCACGUUGCCAGAUACGCAGCGGCGGUGCAGGAUGGCUCUCAGUACUUUGUGCUCCUCAUCAUCACAGACGGCGUCAUUUCAGACAUGGCCCAGACCAAAGAGGCCAUUGUAAAUGGUGCCAAGCUUCCUAUGUCAAUCAUCAUAGUCGGAGUGGGUCAGGCUGAGUUUGACGCUAUGGUGGAGCUGGAUGGUGAUGACAUCAGGAUCUCAUCCCGGGGGAAACUGGCAGAGCGAGACAUAGUUCAGUUUGUUCCUUUCAGAGAUUAUAUGGAUCGGACAGGUAACCACGUGCUAAGCAUGGCACGACUAGCUAAAGAUGUGCUAGCAGAGAUCCCUGACCAGUUCAUCUCUUACAUGAAGAGCCGGGGAAUCAAACCCAACCCGGCGCCACCUCCUUACACACCGCCGGGACACACACAUCACCACACUCAGAUCUGAUGAUCUCCUCUUUGGCUUUUCACUGAGGACUGACAAUAAUCAGCAGCUUCUCAGAGUCCAGUGGAAACUCUCUGCCUCCUGUUUUUUUUUUUUUUUUUUGUGCAAAUAGGAGAAGGGGCGCCACGAAACGGGUGUUGAAUUUUGUGCUGUACACUCCAACGACUAUUGGAGUAGUAUUUUCUGUUUUCCUGUGAUAUAUUCCGCUGUUUGGUUUCUGUUGAAGAGAAACUACAAACCUUUCAGGACUCGUGGGUAAAAGCCUUUUAGGCAGUGACUGUUUCAUGUCCAAUAUGACAGCAGGUUUGUUAAAAAUGAUCAUGUUGUGGUUAAAACUUGUGCCUGUUUGUGGUUGUUUCUCUAAGUGUAUCAGGACAUGUGAACUUUAACCUGAACCUUGCUCGUCAGUCACUGGUGUGGCCUAAUACAGUGAAAUUUUUUAGGCACCUUUUUCCCUUCUGGAAUAAGUUUUUAUAUUUGGGAGUAUUUCUGUAUCUGCUGAUGCAACCGUUAUGAAGAAAGAAAAGCCGUAAGAGUGUCGUUUACAAUUUAUUACCCUGAAGAUUAAUCAGGCUUGUCAUACCAUGACACUUCACCACCUGUCCUUCAGAGAUUUAGCGAGUAAAUGUUUAUAAGAGCAUGUCAUAUAAGAGUUUAAGGCACAUAAUCCAGUAUUUAUUCUCAAAUGUUAUUCAGAGUGGCAUGGACCUUUGAUAGAUAGUUUUACACCAUAAAAAUCUACCCAUUUUGAAGUGGUCAACAGUUACUUUAAGUGAGUUGGAUUGAAAAGCACAACCUGACUACACGCAAGUGUAAGAAUUAUGAAGAUAAAAGGUUAACCCCACUUAAUCAUUCUGCUACUAUUCAUUGUGUUUGAAGAAACUACAACUGAGAUACUUUUGCACCAUAAUCAAAGGUGCAUGUAACUUUCUACACACAAGUUUUAAUACAGAGGCUUUUUCACCACAGGAUGUGUUGCACAUGAAGAGCAUUAACUACAGCCCCAUUUCCCAAAAAUUUGGGAAGCUGCAUAAACUGCUUAUAAAAACAGAUUGUUGUGAUUUCUAAAUCAUUUACAGUAAUCCCUAGAUUUACUUGAAAGUGCUACAAACAGAUAACAUGUCUGUUGAAAGAGACAAAUUAUUUUUGGGGGGGAAAAUAUUUCUUCUUUUUGAAUUUCAUGCCAGCAACAGUCUUCAAAAACUUUGUGUCAGGGCCAAGAAAAAAACGGGUAAGUUGUGUUGAGUCUUUCAGUGCGACUGCUGUUCUUUAUUCUGUGUCGGCGAAGAGUUUCAUAAUUGAAGAAGGUCUCUCCCGGUAAAUAAAAAAAUAUUGGGAUUUCAUUAUCUUCCAUAUAUAAUAUUGUAAUGUCUGGAGAAAUCUCUGUAACACAAGAACAAGGCUGACACCCAAUGUUGUUUGACAACCAUGAAGUUCAACUGCCUCAAGUGCCCUUUAUUUAAAAACAGACACAAUUCUGCAGAAAGAAUUACAGACUGAGAUCAGCAAAACUGUAAAACCCAGGAGAGAUGAUGUAAUGCUUUGGAUUAGAUGUAUGGUAAUCCCUUUGUUUUAAUAUUUCCUGAGCAAUCUUUACACAUGGCAUCUUUCUCCUGCCUUAACCAGGCAGCUCCACAAGGCCAACAAGCAGAUGCUGCAUGAGCUCAUAGCUAAUUUGCAUGCAGUUACAGAAUGUAAGUACCAAGGCCAUUUCUCAGCUGUUACUGCUUAUUCCAUAUUUAAAACCUAACAAAAUGUGCUUUUAAUAAAAAAAAAGAAAUGAAAGUUUAAAGAAAUGCAGCUGUUAAACUGUCAGAGCGCAGUGAAGCAGAAGCAGAACACGUGACUCUGGAUGUUUAAAUUGCAAUUUUGUACAUGUUUGUCCAU